AUGGCUGGGGAGUUGGUCAUUCAGAUGGAGGAGGGGCAGCAGGAAGUAGUUGCUGAUAAGGUUGUAAAACCUGCGGAUGGCAAUAAGCAUUUUAGAACCUUGGCCGACUUAAAAUCCGAAAUUCUUCAACUAGGAAACAAAGAAACUUCUUCAUCAGCAACUGAAAAGCGACGAUGUCCCAAGGUUCCAGAGUGGUUAUUGCCAUCAGAUGCCAAGGGUUCAUCAAAUGCCAAGGGUUCUAAGCCUUCUGACAAGUGCUUAUCGCCAUCAGAUGCCAAAGGUUCUGUGCUUUCUGACAACCACCACUAUAUGCCAAAAAUCAUGUCUUUCGGUCCUUACCACCAUGGCAAUCCCAAGCUCGAGCGUGGAGAAACAAUCAAGCUUAAAUUGGCAGCAGAUGGCAUCCAACUACUUGUUGCGGGCAUGAAAGACCAGCCAAUAGAGGAGGCAGUCGAUCAUGUUUACAGCAUAAUUAGCGGAAAAGUUGAGGAGCUGAUGGGCAGUUAUGAUAUGAAGUCCAUAGAGAAAUAUUCGGCUGAACAAUUCAGUGUGAUGAUUCUGGUGGACGGGUGUGCUUUACUGUGGUACAUUUUUUUAUGUGUUUGCUCAGGUGGUGACCAUGAAGAUUACAAUAUCGGAUAUCAGGAUCUAAGCCUUAUACAUCAGGAUGCGUUGCUACUGGAGAACCAACUUCCCUAUCAAUUACUCUUUCAGGACCUGCUGAAGAUGACGGAGCCAGAACUUACCAUUGAUUGUUGGAGAGUAAUUAUCCUGGAAUUCUUUGGCAUGAUCGAGGAGUCAUUCUUCCAAGAAUUCUUUGGUAUGAAGGAGCAGUCAUUCCUGCGAAAAAUGAAGAAUUAUUGCUGCGCCCUGUUGGUCUGGAUCACCCAAAUUAUUAAGCGGAAAUCUGAGACAUCUGAUAAAGAAUCAAAGCGUUGUCAUCAUCUCCUUGAUCUCUACCGAAACUAUCUCCUAGGCCCUACCCCAAAGCACACAGAAAACGGAAAUUCGGGGAAUGAAAAUGGCAAGAAGGGUCACAAGGUUAGGGCAUUAGUUGGAGAUGUGAAGGAGCAGGUUAUGGCAUCAUUUAGAAAUGUGAAGGAGCUUAUGGCCGCUGGAAUCCGCAUCAAGCCUAGUCCUACACAUCAUUUGAGGGACAUUUCUUUCACUUCCAAUUGCGUCACUGCAUGCCUCAGACUUCCUCCGAUCACCAUUGAUAAGUCAACCAAGACAUUGUUCUUCAACUUGAUAGCCUAUGAAAUGAGCUCAGACGUUGACCAUCACUUCAUCUCUUACCUUCGCUUCCUUGAUUCCCUCAUUGAUCAUGCUGAUGACGUUAAGGAGCUGCAGUCCGCCGGGGUACUCCAAAACAAUCUAGGCACUCAUGAAGAAGUGGCUGAAUUUUUCAACACUGUGUCCGCCGACUUGGAAUCAAACUUUCUUGCUUACAAAGAUGUGAGAGUCAAGAUUCGGAACCACCUUAAAAGUCACUAUAACAGCAGACUGAAAAUGUGGAUGACACAAUGCCUGGACACCUACUUCGGUAGCCCCUGGACUAUCAUAGCUUGGGUUGGUGCUGCUUUGGCCCUUUUCUUUACUGCCGUCCAGACUUACCUCUCAGUCUUCCCUCAUUGA